AUGAUUCGUCGGCUUUUGCAUAGUCUGCGAAAACACCAAAUACCGCUUCCUUCGGCUCGUAUGGCCGUCAAGGUCAUGUUGCCCGUGCUGGCCAUCGUCGCAGUCAUGGUCAUCUACAUUCAGGCAGCCAAAUUAGGCCAGUACACUAAACUCUCGCAAUACAACCCAUACGCAAAAUCGCACGGCUCGCCCUCACUCUCCGCGUCGGGCUUCCUGUCGCCAUCAGACUUCACCCACAUCGACCCAAACCAGUUCGGCAAGUUGCCAGACGAAAACCUCUAUUCGCCCAUGCAGCUUAUCCCGAAAUUCAACAGCGACAUGCACGAGCGCUACAAAGCGUCGUGGGACUUGCUAGGCCGUGGCCACCGCUUUAAACAGUUUGAAGACCUCUCUGAACAGGCUCAGUGCUACUUCUACUUCCACAAGGUUUACGCUCUGAGGCCCAACUGGAGUAACGACUACGACAAGUGGGACUUCGUCAUCAACGACGACAACCUCGCUUCGGAAGACGUAGACGACACCACCAGAGACCUGCUCCUGAACCACCGACAAGAGCAGGCCAUGGCACUUGGUACUGAGCGCAUGCGCAUGUACGACAAGUGUUUUGUCUCAGAAAUGGCCGAAAAAGUCGACAUGGCCAAAAUAUUCAGCACCAUGCAGCAGGCGGACCCUUCGGUGGGAUCCAAUCUCCAGUGGGACUUCGAGAAACGUAUGUGGCCCUUUUUGCGCGACUACAAUAAAUCCACGUUCGAAAACCUCAUUCCAAAUUUCAUUGGUCCCUCAGGCAAGACUUUGGAACAUGGUUAUCUACCUAAUAUAGGUUCGAACCACCGCGAAGAAGACGACAUCGCGGGCGCCACGAAAUACGUCUAUGACGAGAAACAUUCAUUUAUGUGGAAUUGGAACCACAUGAGUGCCAUGGUGGCUCCCAAGGGUAUUGUUCUAAGCUUUGGCGACGAACAGCUCGAAUUAGCUGCCAAAUUGAUGGCCCAUUUCCGUUUCACUGGUAAUGAAUUGCCUAUUCAAGUAGUUACCAAAGGUGACAUUUCGCGCGAAACAAUCGACGCGGUUCUAAGAAUUGCAAGAUCUGAUGACAUUGAAUUUCCCCAAACCGAUUAUCAUAAUGCGAAAAAUGUAAAACAAACCGUGUGGUUCGUCGAUGUUUCUCCUACGCUAGACCCGCUUGUCAAGGACUCGUUCGACCGCUUCAAGAACAAGUGGCUGGCCGCUGGGCUCAACUUAUUUCAAGAAUACAUUUUUCUGGAUACAGAUGCCAUCAACUACGUUGAUAUGAGCUAUUUCUUCGAAAAGACUGACUAUGUUAACACGGGCACGCUAUUCUUCAAAGAUCGGUUUUUGGACGAGACUAUCGCGGACAAAAAAUGCCCCGCCAUGGUGGAAACCUUGGUUCCCACUUACCAGGAAGAGUACUAUUUCAACCACUUCCCAGCAGUCAGCAGCGACUACGUGGAAGAACAAUGUGAACGUUUGCUAGAGCCAAAAGAGAAAACCUUCAAGGAUUAUUUUUUUGGAAUGAAGAAGCAUCAAAUGGACUCAGGCUUGGUUGUUAUGGACAAGGAUUCACACAUCGUGCCCCUCAUGAUCUCACUGAUGAUGCACAUGACUUCAAAGCUUGGUGGUUGCAGUUACGGUGAUAAAGAGUUCUUUUGGUUAGGGUUCUACAUCUCUGGCCAUGACUAUUCAUUCCACUCUUCGCGGCCUGGCGCAUCGGGCGUUUUGAUUCAUGAUGCGAAAGUCAAUAAACAACUCAAACAGCGCAAAAGUGAAGUCUGCAGUAUCACCAUUUCUCAUCUCGACGAACAUCAGGGGUUGUUGUGGGUAAAUGGCGGAGCUCAAAACUGUAAAUUCGAUGUUGCCAAACAAGACUGGGAGUCUCAAGACUUGCAGAUGUCGAGUAGGUUUACAUCCUUUGAGGAUAUGCAGAAAGAAUACCGCGGUCCUGUUAAAAUGGAGGCCGGUAUCAUACCCGCCGAGAAACAAGGUGCCUGGGGUAAGCCGGACCAACGCUGCAAAGGCUACUACUAUUGCGCCAGAUAUGAGUCACAAAACAAGCCUUACUACUUCAACAAGGUUCACGAAAAGGGCAAAACGGUAAUGUUCGGGCCUGAGCAAAAGGACAAAUACAACUCCAUCAAUAAGGUCUGGGUCCACAACUACUUAUAG